AUGUCGACCCACAUUAUAAAUGGCCAAAACUCUUCACUCACUCCCAACAGUAACACCAACUCUGCUACUUACUACCCUUCUGCAACGGCCAACUUCGAGGAUGUUGUUCAAAAUUCUGAUCUUUUUUGGGCUACUCUCAAGGCCUUUCACAAGUCUUUUGGUAUCAAAUUCAAGGUUCCUACUGUAGGAGGAAAGGAACUAGAUCUACAUCGCCUUUUUGUUGAGGUGACAUCUCGUGGUGGCCUUGAGAAGGUAAUCAGAGAUCGCAAAUGGAAGGAAGUAAUUGUGGUCUUCGAUUUCCCAACAACUAUCACCAGUGCAUCAUUUGUAUUACGGAAGUAUUAUGUGUCAUUACUUUAUCACUAUGAGCAGGCUUAUUACUUCCGCAAACAAGUCCCUUCAUCAUCAAUUCCUGAUGCCAUAAACGGGAGCCUUGACAAUGGAUCAGCACACCAAGAGGAAGGUGCUGCAAACCAGUUAGGAGGCCAGGGGAGUCCGGAGUUGAAACCUGGCUGUUCAGUUACUGGAAUUAUUGAUGGAAAGUUUGAUAAUGGAUAUCUGGUUACUGUGAACUUUGGUUCUGACAAGCUUAAAGGUGUCUUAUAUCAUAUUCCUCAUAUGCUUCAUGUGUCUCAGAGUUCUAAUACUUCAGUUGUACCAACCCACCGACGUCGGAAGAGAUCUCGGUUGGCUUUACGAGAUCCAUCUCGACCCAAGUCAAAUCGUAGCGGUUAUAAUUUCUUCUUUGCUGAGCACUAUGCCCGCCUAAAGCCUCACUAUCAUGGGCAGGAGAAAGCCAUCAGCAAGAAGAUAGGGAUCCUUUGGAGCAAUCUUACAGAGGCUGAAAAGCAGGUUUAUCAGGAGAAAGGACAGAAGGAUAAGGAGAGAUACAAGACAGAGAUGUUGGAAUACAAGUUGUCUUACGAUUCAACAGUUCAAUAGUGUGUCUAAAUAAUUAGUCAUUAGGAAAGCUGUCAUCGGUUAGGCGUAGAAUUUUCUCCUAGGCUAGUUUUUAUUGUUGUUGUUGUUGUGUCGCUGUUAUUGCAAUUGUAUUCCUAAUCUGUUCUAUUAAUUUCCUUAACAAAAGAUGACCUGACAAAACAAUAUGCCCCAUUUGCAAAAACUGAGGUAGUUUUGAGAGUCAGAUGGGGGACAGCUCUGUAACAUAUCAUGUGACCUUUGGCUUUCAUUGUGCUCGUUACUAAUCUAGUUUCUCACCUUUUGUAAAACUGUUCUACAUGUGGGUGUUUAAUGCUUUUG